AUGGGCCGUGUCCAGCAACCUCCAUGCUUUCAAUGCCGAUGCCGAAAGGUUCGCUGUGACCGUCAGCAAGACAAAUGUGGGAAUUGUGAGCGGUUGCAAUUUUCCUGCUCUUUUCAAAAGCAGAUUGGACCUGUGAAUGCACAGGCAGAUCACAGACCCGUAGAACAUCCCGAGCGCCUUCGGGCAAACCAAGCAUGUGUGGAUUGUCAUCGUGAAAAGGCGCGAUGUUCAGGGGAGUUCCCCGAAUGUGCAAAGUGCAAGCGACGCCAAAGAAGAUGCCGGUACCCAAGAUCGGGCUUCCCAUAUUUGACAGCGGCCGCUGACCGACCAAAUAGGACGGAUUCUCUUGUCCAACGAGAUGAACUGGAGCAGAGCAUCAAUGAUUAUUUCCAAUACUUGUACCCAAUCCCGACAUAUGCCUUUUUGCAUGAAUUCUCAAUUCAGCAGCAAUUUAUAAAGAGCACGCUUGAUCGGAAUUUGGGACUGUCAAUCGCUGCUGUGGCUAAAGAAGUCUUAUCACCAAGCCCAGGCCCUUUGGACAAGACAUAUCGUUGGAUUUGUAAAGUGGAAAUGGACAUUUGGAAUCAGCUGGAGAGCCCAAAUAUUGUUUGCUUGCAAUGCCUUCUUCUCGUGAUUCAUUACUAUAUACAAAUCGGUCGGUUCUCAAGGGCUUACAUGCUUGCCGGACUAGCCGCUAGAGGGGCAACUGCCUUGCGAUUGAACCACGAGCGGCCUGAGCUAAGCUUCAUAGCCCAAGAGAUACGUCGACGAGUUCUCUGGGCUCUCAGUUCCAUUGACGGCUCGUUCUCUGUGGGCCUCCCGGAAUAUGAAACAAUUCCACAUGCUGUCAUCUACCAAAGACUCCCAAGUUCCGAAAACGCAUUUCGCGACGGUCGGCCCACAUUUACAACGAGCACACACUCACCAUGGCUGGACAGAGAUCCAUCACCAGGCUGCAAUCUAUUCUCAGCUUGCAUUCGAAUUUCCAAGAUUUCAAAGGAUAUCAUGCGGCUUACGCGGCAACUCGCCCUUUCGGAACAGCCACUCGCGCAAUUAAGUGGGCUUGUCCAGGAGAUCCAGAACGACCUGUGGAGACUCCAAGCAGACGUCGAGCUUUCCUUUCAAUACCAGGUUGCAACCCCCACCUGCGUAGCUCAGAUGGCCAACUCGCGCUGGUUUGUGCGCUAUCUCCAGAUUUCGAUUACCUGGCACCAGGCACAUUGUGACCUGUACCGGUUGUUCCUUGCUGAGUACAAUGGCGCCGCCCCCAAAAUAAUCACAGAUUCCAUCGAGCCCAGCCUCAAGGUACAAGCCGUGGAAAAAUGCCAAGAGCAUGUUCAGAACAUUAAUUGCAUCAUCCGUGGGGUUCUAGACCUGUCCCCACCCCCAGCCUUACUCCCACCCUACGUUGCAGUAUGCGCAUACCAUGCGACCCGCUUGACAAUGUUUCUCCCCUGUGCCCCAGAUCUGGAUGUGACAAUCGAACUAAAUAGUGCAAUCAAAAGCGCAAAUGUGGCAUUGACUGUCCUGCGGCGAUACUUUGCAAACUCUGCGUCCGCCGAGAAGAUUAUCCAAGACAUGCAAUAUCUGGUAGAUCUGUCGAGCGAUGGACCCGGUUCGAUUUACAAAGAACUUUGCUACCCUUUGCCACCAUAUGAUCAGGGUCUGCAUCGCCACAGCCAUCUGGCAGUCCACAGUUUGAUCCGCCAGGCCAAUUUCAUCGAUGGAGGGUAUGAAAACUAUGGGGGACCGUCCUGA